UGAUCAGAUACUUACUAAAAACAUCCAAAAAAAAUGUGGAGUGACAACUCAACUACUAAUGGUUACGGUUCUAAUAGGCGUUGUAGUUGCUACUCAUCAUAUUGCCAGAGUGUGGAAGUGCCUAACUUAUGUACUAUCUGCCAUGCAAGCUUGUAUUCUUCCAAUCCCAUGAACCAGUGGUACAAUAAUAAUGUACUGCCAGAUAACCAAUUAGCCCCUCAAUAUCCCGUCUCCAGUUUCUCUAACGUUAUUCAUCCUGUUAGCUCUAUUUUUCAUGUAGAAAAUAAUCAGCAAGUUAGCGAGCAAAUGGCUAAAACUGAAUUUGACUCUUCGUUGCUUCCCAAUCCUGAUAGCAGGGAAGAUCAAAACUAUUUGCCGUUGCACCAGAUUGAUGAUGGCUGCUUGAAUCAUACAAGUGGCAGCCCUUGGGCUGGAAAUCAGUACCAGGGUCAGUUCAAUCCGAUGCAACUGCAGGGUAGUCAAGUAAAUUAUGAGGGAAAUUAUGGUAUGUUUCCAGACCAGAUACUAAAGUUCUCUCAAGAAUAUCAGUAUGAUAUAUCAAGAGCUCCCUUCAGUAACAAUCCUGCAAGUUUGAUAAAUGCAUCUCUGCCUCCCAAGGGUGCUAGCAAUGGCAGCUUCUCAAACAUCAUGGAUUUUCCACGAGAAUGGGGACUAAACCAGUUCUCUUUUCCACCUUUUCAACUGGGAAAGCUACUAGAAGAAACAGUUGGAAGCCAUUCAAACUCAACCAGCAUAUCAUCAGAAGGGACGCAAAAACUAUAUUCAUCAAAGAAACCAUUUAAGCUAUCUCCUAUGAGUAGGCAAGAUAGAGUCUUACGAUACUUUGAGAAAAAGAAAAGAAGGAAGUAUGGGAAGAAAAUACAAUAUUCUUCAAGGAAAACAUACGCAAAGACUAGGCCUCGGGUACGGGGCAGGUUUGCUAGGUCUUCUCAAACAGAUACAAACACAACAGUUUGAGUGAAUCAAUGAUAAUAUCAAUAAGAAAGCACAAGUGGUAAGCCUAGAUUGCUAGAAGUAAUGUUUUAACUUCCUCAGGUAGAUAUGAUUGUACUAAAGUUCAAUUACGAUAUCAAAUUGGUAAUGUGAUUGAUUGAUUAA